AUGGCUGAACGGCGCAGCCAACAGAAGGAUAGAGCUGUUCCACAACUCAGUUGUGCUCUGUGCCGAGAUCGCAAGCUCAAGUGUGACAAACUCGACCCUUGCACCAAUUGCACGUCGUCCGGAGUUGUCUGCGUCCCAGUAUAUCGUCCACGACUGCCUCGAGGUCGACACGCUCGUCGCGCGAGGAACAAUGCCUCUCCAACCGCCGCCACAGGUCCGCCGAUCACACCUCCAUGUCGCCACACAUCAACAGGCGAACACGGAACUAAAGAAUUGUUUGCUCCCGGCAAAGGCAGCGACCGGGGCGACCGUGGCGUCCUUGGUUUUCGAAUUGAUCGACUGGAAAGUUUAGUUCAACGCGGAAAUUGUUGCAACUCCAACGUUGACUUGGAGAAUGAUGGCCUACGAAAGCUUUUGCUACGACGCUCAAUUGAGGACUCCGACGAUGCCCAGCUUGCCGCCACAAGUCUCCCGAGCCCAACAUCGUGGAAACCCGAGCUUUCAGUCGGUAGUGACCACGAUGAUGGUUUGUGUGUGCAAGAAGCCAGCGGUCUCUGGGCCAAUUUCAUCCACAGGGAUCGGGGGAUAGAACGUGCCGAGUUGCCGCUAUUCGACGAAGGGACUAACCAAGAGAUCGAAAUGGACGAGCAAAGACAGGAUGAGCAUGCCAAAAAGGCCAUGUUUUGCUUGAGCCUGUUGGGACUGAAUAACCCGCGCAUCACCAGCGCAACAAUGUUCGCUCGCGAUAAAGAAGCUAUUGGAAACAUGUGUCGUGUCUAUCUCCAAAACGUGGACCCCAUCAUCAAGGUGCUUCACAGACCAUCUCUCAGUCGAUGGAUGCUGGAAGGAGAUAGGUACCUCGGCUAUCCAGAAGAACAUACUUCUGUCAUGGCAUUGGAAUCUGCCGUAUGUUAUGCAGCCGCCAAUACUUUGACAGACAGUCAAUGCAAGGCUAUGUUUCGCAUGAGCAAAGCUAGCAUAGUGUCGAUGCACCGCAAGUUCUGUGAAAACGCAAUUGAACGGGCCGGCUUAUUAACGACGCGGGAUAGAAUCGUUCUUCAGGCUUUUGUCCUAUAUCUUAUAGGUCGAAGAUCAGAAGAAAAGGGCGCAGCUGUCUGGACCCUGGUGGCACUGGCCGUGAGACUCACAAUGGCCAUGGGUCUAAACCGAGAACCCAACGAAUUGGCCCAAUCUACCGAAAGCUUCUUUCAUCGGCAAAUGAGGCUUCGGUUGUGGCUCACCAUCUGCCUCCUCGACUUACAAGCCUCCUUUGCACAAUCCACAAAGCCUUUGAUCAGUCAUGUGGAUGCUGAAGCUGCCAUGUCCGAAGUCCGACACAUAAACGAUGACGACUUUGAGCCUUACACCAUGAACGAAGUGACCGACCGAGAAGAACUCACCGAUACAACCUUUGCCCUUGUAACAUAUCGGGCACAGGUCGCGGGGCGCUUGCUGAAUUUCGCGGGAUCGGAACCAGGUAUUGGUACUACCAGUAGUUGUUCCACUUUCUGCUCAGCUGCUUUCCCCAGCCAGGAACAGAGAAGGCAUUACGUCAGUCAGUUUCAGCAACAAUCUCUGGCUCUUGUUCAUUUUUGCGAUCCAGAAAGCUCUCCCUAUGCUUGGUUCACCUGGCACAGCACACAGUGUCUCGUGUCUGCGAUGCGACUUUCGGAGCUGCUACCCUUCCAGUAUACUUCAAGCAGCCAGAGCUUAACAACGCUGCCGUCGCCGCAGCCGCGGGCUGAUACAGAUUUGCUUAGAAGAACUCUCCAAAACCUCGAAAAAACCCAGCUCAUUUACACGGACCCUCGCGGGGAGGGAUUCCGCUGGUAUAUCACAAUUCCAUGGCUGGCACUUUCCACCGCCAUAACUGAAUGUACUUCAUGUGCCGAUAUGGCGCUGGUGCGUAGAGCCUGGCCAGUAAUAGAGGCGUCGUACCUGCAAUAUGAAUCGUUCUUUAUAGAGAACAACAGUGAGACCUCCCGGCCGCCGCUGGCACUCAUGAUGGAUCAGACCCGAGAGAAGCUGUCGACAAUAUUGCAAGGAACAAACCUUUCUCGCUACAUUCCAUGCGGCAAUAGGGCCAGGGAUGCAGCUGCCAAGUUGCUGACCCAAGUUAGGUCCAGAAAAACCAGUCAAAGCUCCUCUGCAACACCUAUUGACCCAGUGUUAAAUGCAGACGAGGUGUUGAUGAACGGCUCCACCUUCGGCUCCGAAGCUUCGCAUACCAUGUCAACCCAAUUUUUCUCGCAGCAUAACUGGGAUCCUACCUCAGUCUCUUUGGAAUACACUUCUGGAAUGGACGGGUGUAUGGCGACUCCAAACUUGUACCAUACAAUUUCUUCUUCGGAGGUUUUCGAGCCUUCCUGGCUGACUGGCGAUGUCAUGGGCGUGUACUCGAAUAUAGACGAAGAUGAUGAUGCAUCGAUGCCUACUAAUAAGAGGGAAAAUAGAGACGUGCUCUAA